AUGUCGAAUCAGGUGGUGAAAGUUAGGACAGAGACAAUUGCGGCAUGCAUGACAUGCCCGCUCUGCAACAAGCUUUUCAGAGAUGCCACGACUAUUUCGGAGUGUCUUCAUACGUUUUGCUGGCAGUGCAUAUAUAAGAAGAUCUCCGAUGAGGAAGUGGAAUGCUGUCCAAUAUGCAAUAUUGAUUUAGGCUGUGUACCAUUGGAGAAGUUGAGGCCAGACAACAACUUGCAAGAUGUUAGAGCCAAGAUCUUCCCUUUCAAAAGAAGAAAGGUGGAGGCACCUGAAGUUGUGCCUUCUGUUUCAUUACCGGUGAAAAGAAAGGAGAGAUCACUCUCAUCUUUGGUGGUUAGCACCCCUAGAGUAUCAUCCAAGUCUGCCUUGACCAAACGAAGAUCAAAAUCUAUUGCCAGGAAAGCUUUAAGAUGUACCAGGUUUUCCAUUGAGAAACUGGUUAAGAAAGAGGAAAAUUCUGUGGAAGAUCAUCCAGAGAGCUCUAGCUCACCUGAGACUCUGAACAAGUUCACUCAGAAUACAAGGCAGAAUUCCUUUACUGCUGAGCCCUCUAGCCACCCUGUACCUGAUAAGGCGACAGGGAAUUGUGAAGUAGCAUGGGAAGGGAAAGCUGACCUGUGGAAACCUUUAACUUGUUUGGUGGAAGUUGCAAAUAGGAGUAAGUCCUCAAAGUUCACUUCACAAGGAUCUGCUGCUAAAUUAGAACCUCUACAUGCCCUUGACAGCGAAGGACACGUAUGUAAAACCAAAGUUAAGGGACAUGGACAAAAAUUGAAAGUUCAAGAUGAUAAGGUAAUCACUGAUCCUACCCCUCCAGAAUCAGAAAAACAUAUAAAGUUCCGAAGGAUUCGCCAGAAAAAGGCAGCUUGUUUUGGGGAGUCAGGUGUUUCACCCCAAGAUGCGCUUGAUGCUGCCAGUGCUAAACACGAAAGAAGACUCUAUCCAAUUUGGUUCUCGUUAGUGGCUUCCAAAGAACAGGAAGGAAGUGCACCGUUGCCCCAGAUAUCUGCAAGCUACUUGAGAAUAAAGUGAGUUACUAAUAUCUCCAUAUCAUUCUAGUAGGUGCUGGUCAUCAUGUUUGCUUUUGAAGCUUUCUUUGUUUGUAGUUUUGUUGGUUUCUGCAUUUCAGUUUAAGAAGUUUUGUUAAAUAGCUUAUAACAGCCUGCAUUAUAUUUAUCCGUCAAUGAAGCUAUUUUUGUGGCAUUAUUUUGUAUAACUUUUGUACGGUAUAAGUGUGCUAAGUGUAGACUUCCUAUGGCCAAUCAGUAGGUCUAAUAUGUAGGCUGAAAUCUGAGCAGAAGGGUUAGCUCUCCAAUCUCCAUUGCAUCUGCCAAUUCAACACUUUCACUGGAUUUUAGGUGUUGUGACUGUGAGGCAAAAAACUUUUAACUUGGGAGUGAAAAUCUGCAGUGUCGAUGCGACGAUGGUCAAAGUCGUUUAGUUAUACAAUGUGUUUCAUCUAUCCCACUCCUCAUGGCUAGUUGGAAUGAGUUGCUAUUUGGUGGCCCUUAGACAUGUGCAAGCAGAUCAAUAGUUGGAAUACACUGUUCUUAAAUGAUGUUAUCAGAGAGAGCAAGCUGAAAUGUUUAGAUCAGUGUUUGUGAUGAGAGCCUAAGAGUCACUAGAAGUUUGGUUAUUUAAGAAUUUGAAAUGGUUCAAUAUUUUUUUUUAUCCAUUUACAAAGGAAAAUCCUUUGGAUUCCAGGAGAAGCUUUCAUUCAUAUUGUCUCAUUCUGCUACAGGGAUGGGAGUAUGCCUGUCUCUUUCAUCCAAAAGUACGUGAUGAGGAAACUAGAUCUUACAAGUGAAGAUGAGAUUGAAAUUAAAUGUAUGGGUGAGACGGUGGUGCCCACGCUGCAACUGAAUAAUCUAGUUGAUUUGUGGCUAGAAUCUGCUUCGACUCCACAUAGAGUGCCAGUAACAAUCAGCUCAUCAGCAAAGGAUUUUGUGAUGGUAUUGGCGUAUGCCCGCAAGGUUCCAGCCCCAUGAACGUACUUCUUCCAUUCUUUUAGGCUCACAUAUCUUGAUUAGUCUAUGCUGUCUUUAGAUCUCAAACAAAGUUAACAUAGUUCCUGAUCGAGCAUGCCUCACAAUAGCAUAGUUCCUGAUCGAGCAUGCCUCACAAUAGCAUAUUGUUGUGGUAUCGCAUUUCCUUACAAAUUAAAUUACUGAGUUGCUCUCUGUGCUGUAGUGUGUUGUGCUGUAUUGGUCUCUGGUUUGCCAUUAAACAUUGAUUGUUGAGAUCCCAAGCUCUUAUGUGCAUGGGUGCAAUUUAUCCUUUACUUGAUUACUGUGCACUAUUAUGAAUUGAUUG